CCAUCAUAGUUUGUUUGAGCUUGGAAUACUGACUGUGACUAAUGGUUUGGCUGCGGCAUCUUCUCUGCCGGAUUGUUUAUCAGAAUCGAAGAUCUUCUGGUUUCACGCAAAUGUGGUUGCAAAGCGCUCGCUCUUUCCUAUGCCGUAUCGAGAAGAAUCAUUGGAAAAAUUUUAUACGGCACCUUGAAGAACUUCUCUAUCUGGAGCCAGUUCACAGGAUACAUCGCAGAAGGUCGCAGGACGGUGAAGUUAUAGCCACUCGAUCCUUCCACUGCUCUAGCCACUCGAGAAACCAGCACUGCGUUGUUCAGUCUCGUCCAAUUUUUCGACGACGGAUCAAGAGUCUGCGCUCCGAUCACGUUUCUAAGCCCUUUGAAGCUUUUCAGAACAAUCAUGUCCGUGUCUAAGUAAACUCCUCCGUAUCUGUACAAGUAGGCAAGCCUCAUGAGGUUUGACAGAUUCUGAGCUAAAGAAAUCUUUCCGGGAUCUCUUCUCCCGCUCUUUAUUUCCUCCAGCCAUGAUUCUCCGGCGGUUCCUUUGAGUAGAAAAGGCAAAUCCGGCGUGACUGCGAGGACUUUGUAACCACGAUCAAGGAAUGGCUUCAAGGCUGUGUAACCUCGAGGAGAAUCCAUGGUUGCGGAUAGGAUCAUCAAGCAACCGUGAGGAUGAGACUUGAAGACACUUUCAAUAGCUAAAACCUCUCUCUUGCCGAAGAACUCUGCAGGUUAGGUGAUGGCGUCAUUUGUGUCUGCUGCUUGAUCGGAUAACUGCUUUUACUUUCCUUCUCAGACCUCAGAGUGUUAGUGAGCUUCAUUCAUCUCUCACCUCAUGAUUGGAAGCUUUUCUAUACCAUCCGUCACGCACAAUCCAAGGAGUUGGUUAGAAGCACGUGGGAAGCAAUCGCGUGAAUCCAACGGCACAUAUUAAAUGCGGGUGAGCACCGACCUGUCAGCGUAGAAAACUCCAAUGAUCAUCCCUUGCCACGUGGGCUUAUGCUUUGCUUUCGUUCCAUACCCCCUCUCCUUCCCACUCACACAAACGAGAACCGAAGAUGAUUGGAACCUUAACCUCUUCUUCUUCUCCGUCUUCCUCCACCAAGUUCUUCCUCGAAGAUUUUCCCGCGGGGACUUUCCGUUGUGGAACAGAGAUUUUCCCUUGUGUUCCCAGGAAAUCGUUUCACCUCAAGCUUUUGUGUCUAGAUUAUGUGCACAGCAGGAUUCUUAAGCCGAUCCCGCUUCGUUCCUCGUUGAUUAAGGUUUCGCAGGCAAAUAUAGAAGAAGCUGCAGACACUGAAGCUCUAGAAAAACGCCAUAGAAAAAUGGUGCGUGUAAGGUUCCAGUUGAGGAAAGAGUGUGUGUUUGGGGAACAUUUUUUCAUCCUUGGUGACAAUCCUGUCUUUGGCGGUCUCUGGGACCCUGAAAAUGCCUUACCACUGAACUGGUCGGAUGGGCAUGUUUGGACCGUAGAUCUGGAUCUGCCCGUUGGAAGAUUGGUUGAAUUCAAGUUCAUACUAAAGGCAAAGACAGGGGAGAUAUUGUGGCAACCAGGUCCAAACAGGGCUCUUGAAACCUGGGAAACUAACAAGACAAUCAGAUUAUGUGAAGACUGGGCAAAUGCUGACCUCCAAAUGAUGAUCGAGGAAGAUUUUUUGCCGGUCAAUCAACAAGUGAAGCAGCCUAUUGUUGCCGAAAACGUCACCGAUAUUUUAUCAGACGGUGCAGUAGAGGAGGAAGAAGUGCUUGGCCCUGCACAGCAAAAGUCUCCAGAAGUAGCUGUAGUGAAUGUAGGAUACAUAAGCGACGAUUCUAAUGAAUGUUUGAGUUCCAAUCGCCAGAGUGAGAAAACCAUGGAAACUUCAGAUGGAGCUCUGACUGCUCGUGGGGUUCAGGAGAAAAAUGCAACCAUGUUUUCCGAGGAAGAAGGUCCAGUUUUGGUCCCUGGAUUGAUUCCGCUGUCUGAUUUAGAAAUUGAAGAAGUGAAUGAACCCAUUCCUCAUAUGUCAGUGGAAGCCAUUAACGAAGGUAAAGCCGAAACGUUCCCGGAGGUAGGUAAGAAGGAGGAGACCAGAAGAGAAAGAAACGAGAAAGGGAAAGUAAUAGCGAUUUCAUUAUUCGAGAAAUCAGAGCGAGAAGCAAUAAAGGGUGUAGAGAAGAUGCAUAUCAAUACAGCAGAGGAAGAGACGCAGCAGCAGCGGCUAGAGACGGAGUCGCUUGGAACGCCAAAUGUGAUUUUAGAGAAAGACAUCCAAUGGGGACGCAGAACGCUUUACAAGCUUCUAAGCAACUUUGGACUUUUCUAAACUCAACACACAAGUUUUGAGAGCAUUCUUUUAUCGGGAAAAGAACCUCAAGACAGACAGAUAGUCAAAACUGUCUUGAACGGUACGCUAGCUUCUUGUUCUCUGCUCAUGUUUUACAUUUUGUAAUAAUGAGUACUGAGAAGAGACUGAAGCAUGCUGUGUUGUGUUUGUAUAUAUGUAUGAUCAAAUGAUUUUGGUAAAUAGGGAGAUGAAGAGAGAGUGCGACUGUUAAGUACAUAGGAUGUAGCAUUGUAUCACGUAGGUGUCUUAACAGUGGCACUCCAUUCUCUCUGUUUCCCAAAGGCCAUACUAAUGCGCUUUUGUGGGGCCGAUAUUAAGCCCAGUAAAACUCUUGUUGGGCUCGUGAUUCGAUUUGCUAAGGCCAUACAAAUGGGCUUUUAUGGGCCCGAAAUCUUUUGU